AUGAAAGCAUCAGAAAAAAAUGAACCCAUUUAUCACAAUUUUAAGAAGCCCAAAAAAGAGCAGAAAAAUGAAAAGACAUCGGCACUGAAAAUAAACAUGCAUGAAGAUGACGAUGAUGAUGAUGAGACGAAGGAAUAUUUAUCAAGUAUAGACAAUGAAGUUCUAACAAAAUUAGGUUGUUUUUCAAGCUUAGGAACUCAUCUUGCAAAACUGAAACUUAAAGUGAAUAAAUUUUAUUUUAUAUACAUAAUUUUAACGAUUAUUCAUUUUUCUAUAUAUGUAAAUAGAGGAAUAAUACCCGGAUCAUACGACUAUUUAUCAUCAUAUUUGAAAGAAAUAUAUGCAGCAACAAAUGUAGAUGUGCACAUAGGGUUUCUAACAUCUGUUUUUGUAUUUGGCUUAAGUAUAAGUUCAAUUCUUAGUGGAUCUCUAGCAUCAACAUAUAGUGUAUUCAGAAUAACGGAUUUAUUUCUAUUACAGAAUUCGUUAGCAUUAUUUCUUACAGGUAUUUCAUUCAUUAUAGGAUCUUAUUACUCCCUAAUGUUUAGUAGAUUUUUUUGUGGAUUUAGUGAAGCAGCUUUUAUCACAAUUAUACCACCACUUAUAUAUUCAUAUUCGAAGGAUAGGGCUGGUUCAUGGAUUAGUAUUUUUAUUACUAUGUUUCCAUUGGGUGGAUGUAUUGGUUAUUUGUUAGCUGUCUUUCUGCCCAUGUUGAAAAUAAGCGUAGCUCAAUAUUUCAUUGCAUCAGGAACUAUUUUCAUGUUAUUUUUCCUAUGCUUUUACCUUUUUGAUGAAAAUUUAUUAAAGAAAUAUGAGGAGGAAAAGAGCAUGAGGGAACAGGAAAAAUCUAAAAGGGAGAAGCAGAUUCUGGGAGCGGGAACCAAUGAUCUAGAGGAAGGAGCAAAGAAUUCAACAGCUAGCGACAAAAAUGGGAAGAAAGAACCAGAUGUGGAAAAAGGAAAAAAUCAGAGAAAUUCUACCAAGGGUAAUGCAAUAGGUGCGAAUGCAGUAGGAGCGAAUGCAGAAGGAUUUGGAGGAGUCAAUGAAAAAAAACAUUGUAGUAGUGGUAAUUCGACACAGAGUUCAAGUGGUGCCACAAGCACUGGUACAAGAAAGGAAGAAAAAAAAAAUAGUGAAUCAAACAGAGAUGCGGAGAAUGUGAUAACCACCUCUUCCGGAGCAGGAAUAAGAGCACAAGAAAAUAAAAAGAAUGCAAGCAAUAGUAGUAGCAUUAGAAAUGUCGCUAAUAAACAACAUUCUUUAACAAACAAGGAUACGCAAAAGAGUUCCAAUUUAAAACAUAGAGACGGAGGAAAAUUGCAAGGAAGCAGAGAUACGCAAUUGCAGAAUGUAAAUUCAACAGACAAUUCUGAUAGGAAAUUAAUCAAAGAGGGAACAGCGCAUGAGUUGGAGUCAAAUAAAGAAGGAACAAAUAAUAAUGUCGAAUCAAAUUAUGGUGAAAUGUCACAUCAGUUAGGAGAAGAAGAUACAAGAAGCUUUAAUAAUACCAUUUCUUUUAAUUCAACACAUAAAAAUUACAGUAAUAUGAACAAUAUUGAAUAUAUGCAAGAAAAUAGUCUAGGUAUAAUGAAUUCUUGUGAGGAACAACCAAAUAUUAGUAACAAUAGUUAUAUAAAUAAUAAUCUUGAUAAAAUGUACCUUGCGAAAUCUUUUGGAGAUGAUGCAUUGUGUUUAAAUACAACACAAGAGUCUUACAGAAAAGUUAAAAAAGAUGAAAACUAUUUAGACAUUGAAAUUGACAACUGUAUUGAAUCAUUGGAUGAAGAAAAAAAUAAUGAUGAUUUAAAUUUGGGUCUGUUGGUAAAUACAACCUUAACAAAUAUAAGUUUUCUAAUACUAGUUACAGCAUUAACGGCACACACAGAUAUGAUUCAAUGUUACUUAGUAUAUGGUGCACCCAUAUUAUAUGCUUUGAAAAUUUUUCCGUCUUAUAAAACAGCCACUGUUAUGUGCAGUUUAUGUGCAUGUUUAUCAUCUAUUGUUGGCACGUGUCUGGGUGGUUUUUUAAUGGAUUUUCACAAUUUGAAUAUUCAAAACAUAGAUAAAAAUUAUGAACAUAUAAAUAAUAAUGAAAAGAAAAUUAAAAUAUACAGCAAGGAUGUUAUGGUAUAUGAAUAUCUUCGAAUCAUCGGUAUUCAGACCUUCAUCAUUUUGGUUAUAGCAAGUUUCCUUGUUAUGUUUAUUCCGUUUAUUACUAAUAUGUAUUUGUUUACAGUUGUAAUGACACUUGGGCUGACCUUUCUCUUCUCCUCCAUGCCUGGCCAGAAUAUAGGAAUUAUGGUCUGUGUUCCACAGAAUAUUCGUGCCUUUUCCAUAGGAAUGUCAUCUUUCAUUUCGCACUUACUUGGUGACAUCCCCUGGACGAUUAUUAUUGGAAAGAUUAAGGGAACUUUGUCCCCCGAUUGUGUAGUUACGAGAAAUGGAGAACUAAGCGAAUUAUGUUAUGAACAAAGUAGGGGACUUAGAAUAACGCAAUUCAUUAUCUGUUCCAAAUCUCUUUUAAUGGCAGCGGCAUGUUUUCUGCUCAACGUAUAUGCAAAGAAGAAAAUAAAGAAAUAUCGAAAUAAGCAGAAUAAUGCAUAA